CUUCCUUAAUUGUUACACAAACAUGGCCACCACCACCACCACCACCACCCAAACUUCUGCACCCAACAACACCACCACCAUUUGCUUCUCCAAAUAUCUCCAUUCCCUUUCUCAAACACCCCACAGGCUUAGGAAGAGAAUGCUGGCCACAUGGACCCCUGACCAAGAGCUCAACCAAGUGAGGCAAAGGUCUGGGGCAGAAAUGAAAAGGAAACUCAAGUGGUAUGAUUUGAUGGCCCUUGGUGUUGGAGGAAUGCUUGGUGUUGGAGUCUUUGUCACAACAGGCCAAGUAGCCUUCCAGACAUCUGGCCCUUCUGUCUUCAUAUCCUACAUCAUUGCAGGAAUAUCAGCCCUUCUUUCUUCCUUGUGUUACACUGAAUUUUCUGUUCAAAUCCCAGUUGCUGGUGGUGCCUUUAGUUAUCUCAGAUUGACCUUUGGUGAGUUUGUGGGUUAUUUUGCUGGGGCUAAUAUACUCAUGGAGUACGUAUUGUCAAACGCUGCGGUUGCAAGAAAUUUUACUGAUUAUUUAUCCUCUGCAUUUGGUGAAAAUGAUCCAAGGACAUGGAGAGUAAAAGUAGAUGGUUUGGUGGAGGGCUUUAAUAUGUUGGACUUCCCAGCUGUUGCUCUUAUUCUUCUUCUCACUCUCUGCCUUUGCCAUAGCACAAAGGAAAGCUCCCUGUUGAAUCUUAUUAUGACAGUCUUCCAUGUGGUUUUCUUUGGAUUUAUUAUAAUUGUUGGCUUCUGCAAUGGGAGUACCAACAACUUGGUGAAGCCUAAAGGACUUGCUCCUUAUGGUGUUAGAGGUGUUCUUGAUGGGGCAGCUAAAGUUUACUUGAGCUAUAUUGGCUAUGACUCAGCUUCAACCAUGGCAGAAGAGAUCCAAAACCCUUCAAAGAACUUGCCAAUCGGAAUAGUUGGCUCCGUUGUCAUCACCUCCGUGCUUUACUGCCUUAUGGCCUUGUCCUUGUGUUUGAUGGUUCCUUACAACGAGAUAUCAAAGAAUGUGGCAUUUUCAAUGGCUUUCAGACAGAUUGGUUGGGAAUGGGCAAGUAAUCUGGUUGGGGCAGGUGCAAGCUUGGGGAUUGUGGCUUCACUCUUGGUUGCCAUGUUAGGCCAAGCUAGGUACCUUUGUGUUAUUGGAAGGGCCAGGCUGGUGCCUUCAUGGUUAGCCAAGGUGCAUCCUUCAACAGGCACACCCUUGAAUGCCACCCUCUUCUUGGGACUUUGCACAGCAUCAAUUGCACUCUUCACCGACCUUGAAAUAGUUAUAGACAUGAUCUCCAUCGGGACGCUGUUGGUGUUCUACCUUGUGGCCAAUGCUCUCAUUUACCGGCGAUAUGUGACCAUUAGCAACAACCCCCCAUUUCAAACUCUCUUGUUCCUCUUCCUCCUCUCAUCUAGUGCCAUUGGCUUUGCCAUGUCAUGGAAGUUUAAGCAACAACGCUGGGGGCUACCACUUUUCGGAGUGUCUACGAUCACCAUCAUUGCCUUCUUCAACUACACAGUUCCUUGCCUUCGCCAUUCCACCGGGUGGUCGAUGCCCUUCAUGCCAUGGCCUGCUGCACUGUCUAUCUUUCUUAAUGUGUUUCUCAUGACAACAAUGACGAAGUUCUCAUUCCAACGGUUUGCGAUAUGGGCAUGUUUGAUAACAUUGUUCUAUCUGUUGUAUGGUGUUCACUCAACUUAUCAGGCAGAGGAGAUGGGGACUGGUGAAGAUGAAGUGGAUCCAAGCUCAGCUGUGCAACAAACAAAGCUAGACAACAUUCAAGUGCUUUGACUAAUUAUGUUUAUUGUCUUUUACUUCUUUUUUAUCUGGUUUUUUUUGUUCUCAUGCAGUUUUUGUGGUACUUAACUUGGGUUCAGGGAAUUCCAAUCAAGCAAAAAGGAAUUCCAAUCAAA